GCUUCCGCCCUCUUCAAAUAUGGCUGGUAAGCUCUCUCUGCACCGCAACUGUGGCCGUUUUUGCGUGUAGGAACCAUACUGGAGUACAUACCAGUCUCCUUUAGGCAGAUAUCGCGGCGGAGGAGAUCCAGCAGGGCUGCAAGGAAGACGGUUUGUUACCGUCAGUAAUCACAAGCGCGGACCGGAAGUUUUGCGUCCUCGCUGUCCGGGGGAGCCGUUAGGCACGCACGCCGGAAGGGGCCAAUUGGCCAGUGUGAGGCGGUGCCCACUGAGUUCGCGUCCCUCGGGCAGCGGAGCCAUGGAGCCCGGGGCUGCUGAGCUUUAUGACCAGGCCCUGCUGGGCAUCCUGCAGCACGUGGGCAAUGUCCAGGACUUUCUGCGCGUGCUCUUCGGCUUUCUCUACCGCAAGACCGACUUCUACCGUCUGCUGCGCCACCCUUCGGACCGCAUGGGCUUCCCGCCCGGGGCCGCGCAGGCCCUGGUGUUGCAGGUCUUUAAAACAUUUGAUCACAUGGCUCGCCAGGACGAUGAGAAAAGGAAGAAGGAACUUGAGGAGAAAAUCAGAAGGAAGGAAGAAGAGGCCAAGGCUGUGGCAGCUGCUUCAGCCGAGAAGGAAGCCGUGCCGGUCCCGGUGCAGGAGGUGGAGAUUGAUGCUGCUGCAGAAGUCGAGAAGUUGGAGUCCCCAGGCCCACCGGGCCCCGAGCACAAGGUGGCCCAUGGCUUGGAGGAGGCAGAGGCUCCAGGAACUCUUAGCAGUGCUCCCGAAGGCCCUAAGGAACCCCCUGUGCUCCCCAGGAUUCAAGAGCAGUUCCAGAAAAAUCCGGACAGUUACAAUGGUGCCAUCCGGGAGAACUACAUCUGGUCCCAAGACUACACUGACCUGGAGGUCAGGGUGCCGGUGCCCAAGCAUGUGGUGAAGGGGAAGCAGGUCUCUGUGGCCCUUAGCAGUGGCUCCAUCCGAGUGGCCAUGCUGGAAGAAACUGGAGAGCGUGUCCUCAUGGAAGGGAAGCUCACCCACAAGAUUAACACAGAGACUUCCCUCUGGAGCCUUGAGCCGGGCAGGUGUGUUUUGGUGAACCUGAGCAAGGUUGGCGAGUACUGGUGGAGUGCGAUCCUGGAGGGAGAAGAGCCCAUUGACAUCGACAAGAUCAACAAGGAGCGCUCCAUGGCCACUGUGGACGAGGAGGAACAGGCAGUCCUGGACAGACUCACCUUUGACUACCACCAGAAGCUGCAGGGCAAGCCGCAGAGCCACGAGCUGAAAGUCCAUGAGAUGCUGAAGAAGGGGUGGGAUGCUGAAGGCUCUCCCUUCCGAGGCCAGCGAUUCGACCCGGCCAUGUUCAACAUCUCCCCUGGGGCUGUGCAGUUUUAAUGACCAGAAGGAAAGGAAACCCUCAUCAUUGGGGAGGUGGAGACCUUGCUCCCCUCACUCCCUGCGUGUCAGGGACUCGCUCCUCCUGAUCAAUCCUCAUCUUUUCUUUCCUGAUGAACCAGGCCUUCCCUGCUGACCUCGCACCUUCAGACUGUUGUAGAGAAGGUGCAUGGCCAGCUGCUGCCAGGUAGUCUCUAUGGCCAACCCUUUUGGUGUUUGAAAUUAGGGAGGGACAUGUCCCAGCAAACUGGGAGCACAUGCUCUGUCUCCACAGCAACCAGCCACUGCAGGCAGCAUUUCCUUCCUCCCCUGUUCUCUCUGCUUGCUGUUGUUUUGACGCUAUUCUGCUUGCUUGUCUUCUGACUGGGGCUAAGGAAUGACUAGGCUCUCAGACAAAGCUAAGUUGAAGUGUGGCCAGGCACUUGCAUGAGGGCAAAGGGGGCAUGGCCUUGGAGCUGCUUCUAGGCUGCUGUGGGACCUCACCUGUUGAGACCUGUGUGUGUGUGUGUGUGUGUGUGUGUGUGUGUGUGUGUGUGUGUUCACUCUUGCUCAUUUCUUUGUGAAUACACUUAGCCAGCCUCAGCUUCAUGGGCAGCGCAGCAGAACCUGGGGUCUGUUUGCCUGGUGGAGAUGUGGGGAGAAAGUCUGAGGUUCUGGUCUUUGGCCCAGCUGUGGCAAGGAGACUGUCUCCUUCUGACUGCAGCGGCCUGGCUUUGGUUCUUGCUGAGGUGAUCCGAGCCUAGCCACCACUACUUACUCCAUACAAGACCUCCGCUUGGGUGUGCUGCGGGAAAGCCUGGGUACCUUCAGGAAGAGAUCACAGCAUGUUAGUAGUCCAUCGGCAGAUCGUGUCACCCACAUUCCCUAAGCAGCCUUGACCUUGAAGGGUGCCUCAGGAAGGAAAACUUAUCCACUGGCAUAAAGGCAACUACAAUUGAGUCUAAGAAAAUGAAGAUUCCUGUGGGUUCCACGACUGUUUCACAGAGAAACCCUGUCUCAAAAAAAAAAAAAAGAUUCCCCUGUGCCGAUCACCAGACUGCUCCCUGGAGCUCAGAGCCUCUGUGACUGCAGACCACCUUCAGCCAGGGUGUGAAGACCUGACCAAGGAGCAGGGAUCCAGGUGUCCCAACCCUUUCCAGGGCCCCUGUCUGUGCCUGUUGCUGCCUGGCAUCUCCAUUUGCCUGGCUUUGUCUUGGUGUGUGUGUACAGGUUUCUGUACUCUGGUAACCAUACAGCCAGCGAGAAUUAACACUCACCGAAGCCAAGGCAGCCUGCCCUCUGGAAAUAGCCCUGUACCAAGUGUAGUUUCUAUAUGCUCGGAAGGAGCCACUGGAAGAGCGGGUUGAGGACUUACUUCAAGAAGCUUUCCGUCAACUGUGUAGACAGGAACUGGCUCACAGCAGCUGUUUGAGGGAUUCCUGGUUUACAGUUGGCAGCUCUUGUAAAACGUCCGUACUAGGAGUUAAUCUGUGGGUCCACAUAGACCACACUUGUGGUCAGGGGAGAGUAGUGGGCCCCAAAGAGCAAUUCUGGAGUCUGAGCUUGUGAUUGGACAUUGGUCACCAAGUUGAUGAACUCUCUGAAGAGGUCACCCUUGGGAGAAGAAUCUGUCACAUUCACAAGAUCCCCAGGACACUUGCGCUGCUUGUUCCUGAAGUUUCCAUCAAGGUCCUAGGAUUUGCACAUGCCUGUUCCAUGCAAGCUGUCCUACCUAAUGAAGGAAGUCUCAUGGUGUGUAUGUAUUUCCAGUCUUCUCUGUAAUCCUAUUGGCUCUCUCGACCCUCAUCCUGUGGGUGGUCUUAGAGAAGAAUACUGAAGUGUGAGAGCCCUGCAUCUUUUUAUUUGAGACAAUGUUUCAUUUCUGUGGCAACUUAGCUUCCUUCGGCAUGGUUUUAUUUUCUGUGUUGCAUUUCUCCUUUGUCCUUGCCCUGUCUCCACAAAGAAGCCGGUGUAGAAAAAGCAGCCUGGGAACAGUGUUAGGUGUAGGCCAUAGGGCAGGAACCUGUGCUCUGAGGGAUCCCUGUGGCAUGUAUAGUGCAUGGUGUGGUGGUGGCUGCUCCAUCCACGUCUUCAUCACAGUGGGGCUCAAUCCCAGCCAGCCAAGUAGAUAGUUCUUUGUCCUAAGGCACUGACUGCCCUGCCUUGCCCAGCCACUGAAACUGGCAUAUUGCCUGUUUUCUCUUUUUAGACAUGACAGCCACAAUUUGGUCUCUAAAUCCCACCCGCUGAGGUCUGAGGAAGGCAGGGUGAUUCCACCCCCUUUGUCCAAAGACGCAGGAGAGUUGAGUGUCCGGCGUACAAGCUGCUCUGGCUCCUUGGUGUUGGUUUGCAAUAAAAUCUGUAUUUAAGCAA